AUGACCAUAACCCUCCACUUCGUGCGCCACGCCCAAGGUUUCCACAACCUCUGCACCGCCAACCACACCCUCCCAGACCCCCUCCUCACCGAUCUCGGCAAAACCCAAUGCACCAGCCUCUCGCAAACCUUCCCCUCCCCCGAAAAAAUAACCCACAUCGUCGCCUCCCCCCUCCGCCGCACCCUCUACACCGCGCUCUACUCCUUCCCCCGCGCCAUCGCCCGCGACAUCAAAGUCAUCGCGCUCCCCGAAAUCCAGGAAACUUCGACUCUCCCCUGCGAUACCGGCUCUGCGCCUGCGGCUCUCGCGGAGGAAUUCGCCGGAAGCGUGGAUUUGGGACUGGUGCAUGAAGGAUGGAAUAGUAAGAGUGGGAGAUGGGCAUCGAAUGCGCCGGCGAUCGAGAAGCGCGCGCGCGAAGCACGGGUUUGGUUGAGGGAAUUGGGGAGGAGGGCCGAGAGGGAGGGGAUGGAGGAUGUGAAUAUUGUGGUGGUGACGCAUGGAGGCUUUUUGCAUUAUUUUACGGAUGAUUGGGAAGAUUCCUCCCUUUUCGUCGGAACCGGCUGGACCAAUACCGAAUUCCGCUCGUAUCAUUUCCGCGCUGCCGAUUCCAGCGAUCCCAAUGCCGCAGUUCAAGAAACGAAAGAAAGUAGAGAGAGAAGGAAGGGAACUGAGAGACCACUUACGGAUGAUGAGCAGAGGAAUUUGAGAGCUGCGGCGGAGAGUGGAUGGCAGCAAGAUGGGUUUCAACAGAAGGUGAAGAAUGAGGAGGGGAAGGAGGUUGAGGUUGCUGCUUAG